AUUGACAUUUAGUCACUUCAGAGUUGAGCGUUGAUAUUAUACUGAGGUACAAAGUUGUAGUUGGUUAUUUUUUAACCUUAAAAAUUUUAUGAAAUCGUAUAUUUUGGCCUAAAUCACAUUUCACACAACGUAUGCAUAAUAAGAUCCCAUAAAAUGGCAGAUAAUACAAUAAAACUUGGAGAAUAUAUAGUUAUUCAAAAACAAAAUUACAAAAAGCUCCAUAAAUUUAAUAAACCUAACUCUGUGGUUAACAUUGGAAAAGAUGCUGUUAACUUGAAAGGUAUAGAGGGCAAUAGAUAUUUUUCUAUAUUUAAAAUGAUACCUCAUGGCACAAAAAGAAAUAAAGAGUAUAGACUAGAGUUAGCUGAAGAAACCUGUAGUUUAAAACAAGAAAUAACAUUAAAAGCGAGCGGAGCUGACAAUAGGAAUAUAUAUGAUGAUGGAAGAUCACAAAAAUUGUCUGCUGUAGAAAUUGAUGAACUUAAAUUUGACUCCAAUAAAGCAUCUGAUAUUGUGGAAACAAUAAUCACAAAUUCAACAACAUUUCAUAAUAAAACAGAAUUUUCACAAGAGAAAUACUUAAAAAAGAAAGAAAAGAAAUAUUUUGAAUAUGUACAAAUAUUAAAACCUAAUUUAAGAAAUAUAAGUGAGAUAAUGUACAAGCUUGAGCCGAAUAAAAUACAAGGUAUACGUUUGGAUACCUUGUCUCAAAUAAUUACCUUAUCAAAUGUCAGUUGUGAAGGUAAUCAUCUGUUGUAUGAUUCAGGAUCAAACGGUCUUCUAGCUGCUGCUUUAUUGGGUGCAAUGGGUUCACGGGCUAAUGGUAAAUUAGUACACAUGCACCCAGGCAAUAUGUCACAAAAGCAAGCAUUGUUAGCUAUGAACUUUGAGACAGAACAAUAUAACAAAUGUAUAUCAGUCAAUGUAUAUUCAGUAUUAAGACAGCUCUACCAAGGCUGUGAUACACAUACUGUAGAAAAAGAAGACAGCACACUGAAAAGGAAAGCUGUAGAUGAGUUAGAACAUGAUGUUAAAGUAUCGAAGCUAGAAAAUACAGAGAAUGCAACAUCUAAUGUUGAUAUUGUGAAUACUGGUGAUGAAAAUAAACUACUAAGUCCUAAAAAACCUAAAUGGCACUUUGAUAAUAUAGCUGCCUCGGAAGUACUAUCAAAUAAAGUAGAUUCUUUAGUUGUUGCCUCAAAGGAAGAUCCUCAAAAUAUUUUCUUAGAACUCCUGCCUUUUGUUAAGCCCGGUAGGCCAUUUGUUAUAUAUUAUAGUGUAGCUGAACCGUUACAAAGUCUCUAUAUUACUCUGAAAUGUUUAAGUAAUGUCGCUGCACUGAAAUUAACUUGUAAUUGGAUGAGAAAUUAUCAGAUUCUUCCUGAAAGAACACAUCCUGAAGUAAUGAUGAAUUCUUCGAGUGGAUUUCUUUUGACUGGAUAUGUAUUACAAUAACGUAAUCCCAAAAAGAGAUCAUAUAACAUACAAGACAUGUAAAUAAGCCUUUUUUUCAAUUUAUUUAAACAAUUCACAAACCAUGUAAAAAUAAUUGUAUUCAUGUUAUUAAAUAUUGUCACAGGUUGCUCUAAAAUCCCAUGCAAAAAUCCAGUAUAUCAAAACAGUCUUAUAACUAAUAAACAAUAAAAUCGUAUAUAGGCGACACAACAUAUUUUACACCAAUUAAUGUUACUUAAAAUUUGUAAAAGCUAGGAAAUGAAUGUAUGGAUUUCUUAUUUGAGUGUAAAAAGAAUAAAAAUUAUAUUAUUGA